AUGGAAUUUUCAGAGGAAUGGAAAUCCCUAUUCCCAAUAGGUGGAUCCACUGUAUCCCCUCUUCUUUUCUCCGAUCCUCAUUCACUUGGUCCAAUAUUUUUCAACCCUAACCCUAACUCACUCACCCAUCUUUUUUCUUCCACCAUUCCCUCUCUUCACCUCCCACAUCACCUCUUCACAGAACGCUGCCUUCUAACCUCCGAUCCUUCCAUUCUCCCUUCCACUGCCUCCAGUAUUGCCCCUUUCUUUGAUUCUCCCCAUCAAGUAAUUGACCACAAUCUUUCUCAUUUCCUUCACAGCCGUAUUCAACUCCUCCACUGCCGGGAUACCCCCAAUGCUGUUGUUUUCUUCCCAACCGGUGCCAACAACGAGAAUAUCGGGUUUUUUAUGUUGCGUGUUAAGGACUCCGUGUUGGAUACUAAGCUUGAUGUGAAAGGUAAUGUUUUUCGAGCUUCUACGGCUUCUAAGAGCCGUAUCUUCCGUAUCUCACUAAAUCCGGUUACUGAUUCUGGACUUGGAGGCCUCUCUAAUUCUUCUCUUGUUAUUGGAUAUUUGUUGGCUUCUUCACUUUAUUCUGUUUCUUGGUUUACUGUGAAUCAUAAUUUGAGUUUGGACACUCCUGCUAUGUCUUAUUUGGGAACGAGUCAAGUGUUUAAGGAAACUGUUGUACAUGCUUGUUGGAGUCCUCAUAUAUUGGAAGAGAGUUUGGUUUUGUUAGAGAGUGGCCGGCUGUUUUUGUUUGAUUUGGAGUCUCGACGCUCCACAAAUGUUUUCAAGGGGACUGGGUUGAGAGUACCAUGGAGUGAUUUUGAUUGGACCAGUUCCGAAGAAAACAAGGCUUGGCUUAGCUGUGAGUUUAGUUGGCAUCCGAGGAUUUUGAUAGUUGCACGUUGUGAUGCUGUCUUUUUAGUUGAUUUGAGAUUGACAGAAUGCAAUGUGACUUGCCUAAUGAAGAUUGAGACAUUGCGAAUGUAUGCUCCUGAUGUAAACGAGCGGUUUCUUGCUUUGUCAAGGGCUGGUCCUGAUGACUUUUACUUCACUGUGGCUUCCAGCAGUCUUUUAGUUCUAUGUGAUGUAAGGAAGCCUUUGAUGCCAAUAUUGCAAUGGAAGCACAACAUUGAUGAACCGUGUUACAUGAAUGUGUUAAGCUUGUCUAUGUUAAGAUCUCAUUCAAAGGUAGAUACUUAUAAGUUGGCUUCUGAAAUGGGGUUUUGUAUUAUAUUGGGAUCAUUUUGGAAUUCUGAGUUCAAUAUAUUCUGCUAUGGACCUACAGUUCCAUUUCGGAAAGGUUCUAUCACUUCAAAGCUUUCGAAGAUUAGCACAACAUUAUGUGCUUGGGAGCUUCCAUCUGAGAUCAAUUUAUCUAGUCGUGAGUGUCAUUGUGGAAUUUGUCUGUUUAGGGAAGAGUUGUCGAAGGAUGCACUUCCUGAGUGGAUUGAUUUGCAGCUAAAGAAAGAGAUGGUUUUGGGAUUCGGCAUUUUAAGCAAUGACCUUGCUUCCUUACUCUGUGAACCAGAUGAGCAUGGUGGUUUUACACUAGUAAGGAUAACGUCGUCAGGAAAGUUUGAAUUGCAGAGAUAUCAUGCCUCUUGGUCUCUGGCUAGAAAAUUGGAAGAUUGCCAUGAAGCAGAUUUACGUAUGGAGUCACACUUGCUGCGUCCCAGGAGUGUCAAGGAAAACAAAUCUGUAGAACUUCAUUACUUAAAAUUGGAUUACCUUUGUGCUUAUGCAAAUGGUAAUCUUGCUCAAGUCCUUACUACGAAAUUAGACAAGACCUAUUCAAAUGAUCAAGAGGAGGCGCCUUUUUGUUCAGAAGUUCAUGAAUUAUUGUGUAAGAAAUUAAAUGCUUGUGGAUUAGGCCAUUCAAGAUCAUCUCCCGCAAUUACUUCUAUUUUUAACGAUGUCAAGCUACCAGCUAGCUUCCACGAGGUUGCCUUAAGAAAAUUGUGGACUGACUUGCCUUUGGAGUUAUUACAGUUAGCAUUCUUGAGUUAUUCUGAGUGUCGUGAAGUCAAUGGAUUCAACCAAACCAAGGUACCUUUGGAAUUUUUAGCUGUUCCAGAUCUUCCUCAAUUGCCUCCAUUCUUUUCAAGGAAACCAUCACUCCAUAGCGACAAUGACAUUGUUGGUCCAGUUAUUCCUUUCCCUGUUUUACUUGUGAUUAAUGAAGUUCGCUAUGGGUACUCAGAUUUGGGAAGUGAUGGAUUUUCAGUAGAAGCAGAGCUUGGCCUCAAAUACAAAGAAGUAAUGCAGGUAGCUAAUGAAAUUGCUGUUUCAUCUCACAGCUCUAUGCGCCCUGAUGAUCAUGCAGUCUCCCUUGCUGGCGAGGAAGAGGAUCCCUGGGCUAGUUCUUCGAAACCAAAACCUUUUUCGACAUAUCGUCCAAUUGCCUUGACUUUCUCUGACACAGACAGUGUACAGGGAAAGUGUAAUGAUAACAUUUAUGAAUCAUUUAUUUUUCAUGUAUCGGAGAAGUCCUGCAAGCAGGCCGAAUCUGUUGGAGCAGAAAUGUUCGAUGAUCUUUGCCCAAUCGAGUUGAGGUUUGAUGCUCCUGUGAAGAACUUUGAAGACCAGAGCUUAAAAGCAUACACAUUAUUGAAAAAGAAAAUGUCUAAUUGGCAUGAAGAUUUUGACGUGUAUAAAGAAUUUUGUAUUCAAUCUGGAUUUGAAAAAACAGUUAAGAGUUAA